GACAUGUUUCCUUUCUUUCUGCUCUCUGUGAAAAUGUGGCUCCUCAGCUUGGCUCAGUGGCUCAGCCUCAGAUGGAUAAUGAUUUUUACUUUUGCAGUCCUCCUCUUGGUCAACCUGCUCAUCAAAAGGGAUCCACCUCACUUUCCACCAGGACCACCGGCUCUUCCUUUUUUUGGGAAUGUAUUCAGCAUCGAAUCUAAGCAGCCUCAUAUUUACCUCACUAAGCUUGCUGAUCUUUAUGGGAACAUUUUCUGCAUACGUCUGGGAAGACACAAAACCGUGUUCUUGUCUGGGUGGAAGAUGGUGAGAGAGGCUUUAGUGAUACAGGCUGAAAACUUUGCGGACCGGCCUUACAGCCCCAUGGUGACCCUGAUUUACUCAGGAAACUCAGGAGGUCUUUUCUUCAGUAAUGGGAAGGUAUGGAGGAGGCAGCGACGCUUUGCUAUGGCCAUGUUGCGUACGUUUGGCAUGUCCAAGGGAUGCAUGGAGGAGAACAUCCGUCAGGAGAGUCGACAUCUACGGGAGGCGAUGGAGAAGGAGGAAGGUAAGCCCUUUGACCCGGUGCCACUCCUGGACAACGCUGUUUCCAACAUCAUCUGCCAGAUCGUGUUUGGUAGAAGAUUUGACUACAGUGACGAGGAGCUGCAGAGCAUGUUGAGAAAUCUGACAGACAUGGCCUACCUUGAAGGUUCAAUAUGGGCUCUACUUUAUGAUGCUUUCCCGGCAUUGAUGAGACUCUUGCCAGGGCCUCACAAUGGGAUUUUUAGCAGCUCUAAGUCUUUAAAGGCAUCAAUCAGGAAAGAAAUAGAAAGACACAAGUUGGAACUGGAUCCAAACAAACCACGAGAUUACAUUGACAGCUUCCUUAUAGAGGAAAGACGUGACAGAAAGCAGGACAUGGGCUUUGUGGAAGAAAACCUGGUGCUGUGCUGUCUGGAUCUGUUCUUGGCUGGCAGUGAAACCACUUCAAAGACUCUGCAGUGGGGACUAAUCUACCUUAUAAACAAUCCUCCCAUACAGGAGAAAGUCCAGGAAGAGAUAGACAGAGUGGUUGGUCAGAAGCGUCAGCCCACCAUGGCGGACAGAUCCAACAUGCCCUUCACUGAUGCAGUCAUCCACGAGAUCCAGAGGAUGGGAAACAUCGUUCCCCUCAACGGGCUCCGGAUGGCUGCCAGAGACACAACCCUAGGUGGUUACUUCAUACCAAAGGGGACGGCUGUGAUGCCUAACCUGACCUCUGUUCUUUUUGAUAAGAACGAAUGGGAAACUCCUGACAGCUUCAACCCCAAACACUUCCUGGAUGAUGACGGCAGCUUCAGGAGGAGGGACGCCUUCCUACCUUUCUCUGCUGGAAAGCGAGCAUGUCUUGGCGAGGGUCUGGCAAGAAUGGAACUCUUCCUGUUUUUUGUCGGCUUGUUCCAGAAGUUUCACUUCGCUACCCAGGAUGGAGUGGAGCUGAGAUACGAAGGAAUAACCGGAGCCACACGUACACCGUACCCAUUUAAGAUCUUUGCAAAAUCCCGCUUUCCUUUGCAGAACACAAGCAACGCAAUAUAAGCUGCAGGAUAGACGACAAGCUCUUUGUUAACAACACAUAUCUGUUGUUAAUGUGGCAGAAUCAGGAUUUUUUUAACCAGAUGAUGAAUAAGAUGAAGCAUUGUCAUGUUUGCACAAAAUUACUGAUUUGUCACGUGUCCAAAACUAGACGCUAAACCUGCAAACAUACACGUACCAGUGUUAAUUAUUACUAAUAGCCACCCUUCACUUCCGUUAAUUUUAUUCCUAGAGCUUUUGGACGUCAAUCAGAGUUUGUGGUUGAAUCUGUCUGACUGGAGUCUUUUCAUUAUUCAUUAUUGUAAACAGAAAAUGCUGAAUUACAUGAUGACAACAGCAAAUAUACGUUUUUCUAUGAACAGUUUCCGUCUGAGAAAACCGAUGAAGGAUUCUCUGACAAAAAAAGGAUACAUGCAGUUUUACAAAACAAAUUUAUUUAGAGAACAAAAACUUCCAAUUUCUGAAUUCCAUUAAACAUUUAUUUAAUAAAUUACAAACAAACAUUUAGCAUAAUGCAGGCUGUUGAUCUACCCUUGAUUGUACCUUGUUUUGUUUUUAUAAUCAGCAAUUUUCAAGAAAAAUAAAGAGGAUCAGGAGACAUAGAUCUCUAAAUCAUGUGGUCAUAUUACAGCAGAUCUCUGAGGCGCAGCUCACAGCAUAUAGAGUGAAAAGGCAAGAACACGCCAAACCUGAACAGCUUGCAAUGACUUGUAGAAGCUUUCAUUCACUUUAUUAAAUCCACAAACAUUUUACUCAGGACUUUUUGUGAAAGGAGCAACAUAAAAUAAAGCAUUAAUAUAAAGCGGAAGUAUUAGCACACAUACAAAAUAAGCUUAAAAAGUGGGGAAAGCAUUUAUUCACUGCUUUACCCAUAACCCCAAAUAGAAUCCAGCCUCGCUAUCAGUCCUUUAUGCAUGAUAGAGGUGGUGUUAGCCUGUAAAACCCCAUGUUUGGCGUACAACUCACCAUCAACGUUACAAAGUAGUGGUGGCAGCACCAUGCUGUGGGGUGACAUUUACCUGCAGGUGUAAAUGCUGCUAAACGUAGGGCGAUCCUGGCAGAGAAGGACUUUAGACGGAGGACCAAGUUUCCCUUUUAGCAGGAAAAUAAACCUAAACCUACAUUCAGAGCAGUGAUUAAAUGGUUUGGGUUCACGCCUUAGAGCGUUCAACCUAGAAAUGACCACAACCAGAUGGAAAUCCCACCGAUGGCUCGGCAGGAAUUGAAGCAUUUGCAGCCUAUACCUUACAGAUGUUGUAAAAAUUAAAAAAAUUAGAAAUAAUUUCUCUUUUUAAUUAACAAUAAAGCUCUAUGUUAUGAUGGCCCAUCACAAAAAGUCACAAUAAAAUCACAUUGAACAUGAAAAAAAAAAAACACAUAAAUACACUAAUAGGUUUCCUGUUUAUAUUUAACAGCCAGGUGGUAGAUUAAUAAGCUUUAGUGUGAAUGUCUAACUUUAUUUAAAAAUAAUCAACAUUCUUAGAUAAAACUUUGACUACAAUUAUUAAAACCUUUCUGUUUGUGAUUGUUGUUUUUAAAAGCUGGUGUUGAAUCAUUCAUUUUUCUAUUAAUAACUUAACUAUUACA